UUGCUUGUUUUAUCUAAACUUGUUUGCCACAGGAUGGGAGAGGACACCCCAAUUUAUUUUAAGGAGAGUGUUAGCAAGUACCAGAUUCCUCUUGACCAUCUGGAUUUUGGUUACAUCAAGAAGUGUAAUGAUGUGAAGGAAUUGGAAAAGAUUUACAAACUUUUAAUGUCUGGGGAAGAGGGAACAUAUUUAGAGUUGGAAAAGUGUUGUGAAGAGAAACUCAGGAAAUUACACCCAAACAGCCGAGCCCUAAGAAAACCGUGUCCUUUAUUGAAUCUGUCCGAUAUCAACAAAGAAGAACGGAAGGAUAUCGAGGAAGACCUUCAAAAUUGGACUGCUAAUAUGGCAACCUUAGAUGACACCCUAAAAAAUAUGGCUUCCAAAGAAAUAUAUUCUCAGGACAAACCACCAAUCAGAUGCCCAGAUAAUUUGAAAGCAGAGAGUGAAAAAAGCGAGAAAAAAAAAACACCUCCUGUUAGUAAAAAACCUGUGAUGCCUCGGGGAUACAAAGAAUGGGACAAAUUUGAUAUUGAAAAAGAACUUAAAGGAACUGAUGAGAAAGCAGAAGAGAAGAAAAAAAGCAAAAAUACAAAUUCCAAUAUAUCUGAAACAGUCAGUGUCAAACCAGACACACUGGAAGACACAAAACAGGUCAUGGCCGCACGUGAGAAAGACAAAGGAAAUGAGGCCUUCAGAAGUGGAGAUUAUAAUGAAGCCGUAAUUUAUUAUAACCGAAGUUUAUCAAUUUGCCCCUCAGAUGUUGUCUACAACAAUCGUUCCCUUGUCUAUUUGAAGUUGCAUAAUUGGGAUGCUUCUGUCAAGGACUGCAACAUGGUUUUAGAAAAUGAUAAAAAUAACAUUAAAGCUCUUCUUCGUCGAGCAACAGCAUACAAAGAGAAAGAAGAAUAUAACAAGGCACUAUAUGACCUGAAACAAGUCCUUGUCUUGGAGCCAGAAAAUCAACGAGCUAAGCAAAUCCUUCAAGAGGUUGAGUGUAAGUGCACAGCAAGUACCAAGAAUGAAACAGAAACCGUUCCAAAGAAGAAAAAAGGUAGAAAAUUGGUCAUUGAAGAGGUUGAAGGAAGUGAAGAUGAAUUGGCCAAACUCAAAGACAAGAACCAAAUGACAUCGUUGCCAAACGGCCUUCCAGAUCAAUCUGGUGAAACCAAAGCUUUGAGCAAAAGUGAUGAAAAAUCUGAGGACGUUUCUCUGGGUGACACUAUAAAGAGUAAAGGAGAUGGCCAUUCAGGGAAAGCCUCCAAACAUAAGAAAAACAUUAAAAAUAAACUGGAUGCCAAAAGUUCAAUGUCUGGAGAUAACAGUUUAAGUAAUAAAGACAAGUGUCCCCCAUCUAGUGUAAAACAUGGGGAGGCAUCUGGAGCUGCCCCUGUCAGCACGGGUCAGGUGACAACUACUGAAAACUCUGAAAGCAAAAAAGAUUCUAAAGAAAGUGCCUCCAUUUCCUGUGAUAAAAAUGUAAAGACUACAGAGAUUUUAACAAAUACUCCAAAAGUCCUUAUGCAUUGGCCUUUACCGUCUCGGGUGGAAUUGGUUAAAAAGUCUGGCAACGAUAUGUUCCAGAAAGGCAGAUAUGCAGAGGCCCUCAAGUUUUAUACCAAUGCCAUUGAUAUGUUGCAAGAAAAAUCAGAUGAGCAAACUGUAAAUUUGUCACUGAUUUAUAGCAACCGUGCAGCUUGUUGUUUAAAAAUGGGCAACUGUCAGGGAAGCAUUAAAGAUUGCACCUUCUCCUUGGAUCUGGUGCCCCACGCAAUUAAGCCCCUUCUUCGACGUGCAGCUGCCUAUGAAACCCUGGAGAGAUAUGGACUUGCUUAUAUUGAUUAUAAACAUGUGUUGGCCAUUGAUUCAAGUGUAGAAGUAGCCCAACAGGGUUCAUCCAGGUGCAGCCAGACCCUGAUCCAAUUGCAGGGUUACUCUUGGAGAGAAAAACUUCCUCCUCUGGUUACUGUCCAAGCAUCUGUCAUCCCUGUCAUCCAAAAACCUCCUGGAGCAGAAACAACAACCGCACAUCAUCCAGACAGUGAGAAACCUAAAUUGAACACAAAAUCUGGAGAGGGUGAGAUUAAAACUUCAAAAAGUGCAAAAAAAUCUCAAAAGAAAUUAGAGAAGCAAAAUUCUGCUGCCGAAAAACAGGGUUCUACACCUGAAAAGAAGGCACCAAAGACUUUGACGAAGGAAGAAGAAUUUGAUACGAUGAAAUCAAAAGGAAAUCAGCAUGUAAAAAAUGAGGAAUAUCAGAAAGCCAUCGAAUGUUAUACCAAAUGUGUACAGUUGUUUCCAGACAAAGUUGUUUCCUACACUAAUCGGGCUUUGUCAAGCAUCUGUACAAACUGUAUUCUGCAUCGGAAUCUUUUUCUCUCCCUUUUUUCUCUUUUCAUCUCUCUCUCUCUCUCCCUCUUUUUAUCUCUCACUUUUUCGCCUCACGCUCUCUUUCUCUUUUUUGCCUGUCGCUCUCUUUCUCUUUUUUCAUCUCUCUCUCUCUUUCUCUUUUUUCAUCUCUCUCUCUCUUUCUCUUUUUUCAUCUCUCUCUCUCUCUCUCUCUUUUUUCAUCUCUCUCUCUCUCUUUUUUCAUCUCUCUCUCUCUCUCUCUUUUUCAUCUCUCUCUCUCUUUUUUCAUCUCUCUCUCUCUUUUUUCAUCUCUCUCUCUCUCUCUCUUUUUUCAUCUCUCUCUCUCUUUCUCUUUUUCUCUCUCUCUCUCUUUCUUCAUCUCUCUCUCUCUUUCUCUUUUUCAUCUCUCUCUCUCUUUCUCUUUUUUCAUCUCUCUCUCUCUUUCUCUUUUUUCAUCUCUCUCUCUCUUUCUCUUUUUUCAUCUCUCUCUCUCUUUCUCUCUCUCUCGCUCUCUCUUUUCAUCUCUCUCUCUCUCUCUCUCUCUCUCUUUCUUCUCUCUCUCUUUCAUCUCUCUCUCUCUCUUUUCAUCUCUCUCUCUCUCUUUUCAUCUCUCUCUCUCUUUUCAUCUCUCUUUUCUGUCUCUCUUCCUUUUCCAUCUCUCUCUCUCUUUUUCUCUCUUUUAUCACUUUUAUCUCUCUGUCUUCUCUUUUUUCUUACAUUUUCUCUCAUUCUCCUUUCCUAUAA